GUCAUCGGAUGCGCAUCCGAUAUGCCACGAGUUUUUUUGUUACCUCACCGUCAAUUCCUAUACCGUCAUGGAUGCCACGAGCUUUGUUCGCGUUGUAAAGGUUUCGGGGAUACGACUAAUGCAUGCGAGCACCGUCGGCGGAACCCCAAACCGCCCUCUCGAUCUAUCCGUAAGGACAAAUCACUCUCGUGACCGUCACAGUUACGGACUCCGGACCUCCAGACUUUAGAGACCGAGCUUUUCUUUACCUUACAAUUACUGUAUACUCGGCGCCUCACUUAUAUGUGUUGUUUUUUUCACAUACAUUGUUCUCGUGGUUUACGGAAAAGUAGGCCUAAAAUGUUAUAGUGUCUAAAAACAAUAUUCAGUUAAUGGAAUUACACUUUUUUCCAUUACUGCUUGCUUGAUAUUGCCCUAACAACUUUUUCAUGAAUCAAUUUUGAGCAUUAUGUUUACAACGUAGUUAUUAUAGCACGAAAUAUGAGUCUAAAAUGCCAAAUACUUGCAACUAUUAUGUUAAUCACUGAAAUCUUAGUGUACUAAUUGCUCGCUAUAAGCUAGGUUAUUGCGCCCCUAAACCAACGUACUGACAACGCUACCUCCCCGGAACUCAAACUUUAACGCACUCUUCAGAAUGGCUGCCACAGACUCCACUCUCGUCUAUGCAAAUUCCCAGUUUGCACUCGAUAUAUUCAGCCAGCUAAUAGGAGGUUCACCCAAUGAUAACAUCUUCCUCUCCCCUGUCAGCAUCAGCAUCGCCUUGGCGAUGACCUACCUUGGUGCCCGUGGCAACACUGCAACAGAGAUGGAGCUGGUCGCUAGGUUCAAAGGUGUCGAGAAUCUACAGGAGAAAUUUGCCAAGCUUGAUUCUGUCCUGAAUGCUGGUGAAAAGAACUACACCCUAAAUACUGGUAAUCAGUUAUUUGGACGCAAGGGUUAUAAGUUCUUAGAUGAAUUCCUUGGAGCUGUUCUCAAACAUCAUAAAGGUGAGUUGAGGCAACUGGACUUUGCCGCCGACGCAGAAGGAUCACGUAAAAUUAUCAAUGAUUGGGUUGCAGAGAAAACCGCUGAUAAAAUCAAGGAUUUGAUCCCAGGAGGUGCAAUCAAUUCCCUCACAGCUCUGGUGCUAGUGAAUGCCAUUUAUUUCAAAGGCAACUGGGCAAGAAAGUUUGAGAAGGAGAAGACCAUCAAGGAGCAGUUCUUUGUCGCGGAGAAUGAUGUGAGGGGGGUCGAUAUGAUGAACCAGAAGGCCAAGUUCCCAUCAGGUUAUGACAGAGACUCUGGUACUCAGGUCCUGGAGCUGCCAUACAUCAACAAAGAGCUAAGCAUGUUUAUCUUUCUGCCGCAAGAGCGCAACGGACUUGCAAAACUGCAGUCUAUUCUUACUUUGGACUUCAUUAAUAAGAUCACUUCCAAUAUGCAUGAAGUUGAAACCAUUGUUCAUCUGCCCCGUUUUAAGUUCGAGUACAAGUUUAACUUGCAUGAGAUCCUCCAGGCUAUGGGGAUGAAGGAUUUGUUUUCGGAGGGCAAGGCGGAUCUAUCGGGGAUGGAUGGCACCAACUUGUUGUUUAUCUCCGCCGCAUUCCAUAAGGCCUUCAUUGAGGUCAAUGAGGAGGGGACGGAGGCGGCUGCAGCUACGGCAAUGAUAGCUAUGAUGCGCUGCAUACCGAGGAUCAACAUGUUUAAGGUUGACCAUCCAUUCCUGUUCAUGAUCAGGGAGAACAAGACCAAGAGUAUUUUGUUUCUGGGGAAGAUGGUAGACCCUGGGGGAGACAAAUGGAAAGAUGAACUUUAAAUCAAGUUGUGAACACACCCUUUGGGAAAUUGGCCAUAAGGUGAACCAGCAGGACAAAUCCUUAAAGGGGGCUGUAGGCUGGGGGCCCAAUUGAUGGUCUCCAGGUUACUAAUAUUAUGCACAAUGAGGGAACAUGUUCCGCUCUGAAAUACUUCAUCAAAAGUACUUAUAUUUUGAGUAAUCUGAAGCAUUACAACUUACUCCUUGCACAUGAUGUGCACAGAACUGAAGGCUACCUUUUGUUGAGCAUGAACCACCAGUAUCAUGCACGUUCAAGGGUGUGACAAACUUAUAAGAAUACCUUGUUCGCAUAACGCAUCCUGUAUUUGAAAAAUUGCACCUGUCCAUCCGAUUCUAGAACAUUUGGUUCUGUUGUAAUGACAUAAUCCCCCACAGUAAAAUGAACUCUGUACUCUUAAAAUUGGUGCUAACCAAAAAUGUUGUGAGAAACGCCUCCUCUUAAAAAGCAACUCCCUGAAGAAUCCAUUCCUCAGCUUUCCAAGAAUUGGGCAGGCCUUGCCUAACUUGCUGAGCUGACCUGACCUGGGAAAGGUCUUGUGAUGCACACAUUUCCAAGGCUUUUUCCAGGAACCAUUCAGUUGGCUGCUUAGUAAGUUGGAAGGCCUGCCCAGUUCUCGGAAAGCUGUGGAUUUGAUCCUCCAGACCAUUACUGCAUGUAUAUUGACACAGGCUGAUAAUACUUAAAAUUUCAAACUCUACAUUAUGAUAACAUGUAUAAAAAUAAUCAUUUUGGAUUGACCUGGACGAUUGGUCAUUUGAUUCUGCACUUCUUUCGUGAUAAGCACAUUACUGUAAAACCAGUCAGGAGACUGUAAAAAAGUACUAGCGCCUUGAAAGACGACAGCUCCUGACUGAUUAACAUUGCCUAAUCAUUCUCGCUAAGCCAGAUUUUGUUUCUUGAAUUGUUGGUCCAAGAAAAUAUUGCGAAUGUUUGGUUGAUCUUCCUGUGUAUUGCCCAAUUUGAGACUGGCUCAUACUGGUUCUGUCUGACCAUGAAAUCCUGCCAUAACUGUUAAUAAUUUACUGUGAUUCAUUUUUAGCUCACCUCUUAGCAGAGGUGAGCUUAUCCCAUACCGUGGCGUCCGUCGUCCGUCGUCGUCGUCGUCGUCGUCGUCGUCCGUCGUCGUCCGUCGUCCGUUAGCAGGGCACGUUUCGUAACUGUUAGAGCUAUUGAGUUGAAACUUGGUACACAUGUACCCUUAUGUAAUGACACCUUAGAGACCAAGUUUCGGUCCGAUUCGUUUCAUGGUUUGGCCACCAGGGGGCCAAACGUUAAAAGUUAAAAUAUACAAUAUCUCCUUUAAUAGUAGUCAGGAAAUUUUGAAAAAAAUAUGGUAGGUACUUCUAGCAAAGGUGCAUCAUAUAUCCGCCGGGUUUUUGAUUUGACCUCCUUUUCAAGGUCACAGAGGUCAAAUGGUGUAAAUUGGCCGUUAGGAUGUAACGAUGGCACGUUUCUAAACUGCAAUGACUAUUGAUACCAAAUUUGGUACACAUUUACCCCUUAGUCAGGUGAUCUUAGGGACCGAAGUUUGGUCCAGUUUGAUUCACCACUUGACCACCAGGGGGCAAAAUCCAAAAACCUUAAAAAUGUGAUUAUUCCUUAACUUCUUGCCCGAUUGCCACCAAUUUGAUAUCAUGGGUACAUCUAACCACCAUACAGUAUAUGUCACACAGGUUUUUAAUUUGACCUUCUUGUCAAGGUCACAGAGGUCAAAUGGCGUAAAUUGGCCGUCAGGCCGUAACUAUGGCACGUUUCUUAACUGCAAUGACUAUUGAUCACAAAUUAAGUACACAUGUACCCCUUGGUCAGGUGAUCUCAGGUACCGAAGUUUGGUGCGAUCUGAUUUGCCGUUUGGCCUCCAGGGAGGGGGCCAAAUCCUAAAUUCUUCAAAAUGCCAUUAUUCCUAGUAAUGACUUGGCCGAUUGGCACCAAUUUUAUAUCAUAGGUACAUCUAAUUCUAACAACCAUUCAAUGUGUCACCCGGGUCUUCUUUGAUUUGACCUACUUUUCAAGGUCACAGAGGUCGAAUGUACUGUAAAUUGGCCAUUUUGGGGAAAUUGUAAUUGCUUGGACCUACAUCAAACCUAACACUACAUGACACAAUACCAUGCUCUUUAUCCAUCUUUCCACCACAUGAGGUGAGCACAAUGGCCCUGGCCAUUUCAUUAUAUUUAUGUAUCUAUAUAUUGGAAACACCGCUGAUA